AUGACGUCACAGCCGCUCGGGCAGCGCUCUAGCUCGGCGGGCCGGCCGGCCGACCGACGGACGACGAAGGCGGCGUCUCCGCAGCAGCGCUCGGCUCUCCCUCUCUCCGCGCGGAGCUCCCUCUGCUCGAGCCCCCCCCCACGCACCCCCCCGGCCGAGAUGCCUUCGGACCGGCCUUUCAAACAGCGGCGGAGCUUCUCGGAUCGUUGUAAAGAGGUGCAGCAGAUCCGAGAGCAGCAUCCAAACAAAAUUCCAGUCAUUAUUGAAAGAUACAAGGGAGAGAAGCAGCUGCCUGUGCUGGAUAAGACCAAAUUUCUAGUCCCUGACCACGUCAACAUGAGCGAAUUGGUAAAAAUAAUUCGGCGCCGGCUGCAGCUGAAUCCUACCCAGGCUUUCUUCCUGUUGGUGAACCAGCACAGCAUGGUGAGCGUUUCCACCCCCAUCUCCGAGAUCUACGAGCAAGAGAAGGAUGAAGAUGGCUUCCUCUACAUGGUCUAUGCCUCGCAGGAGACCUUUGGCUACUGAGCCAUGAAGCCACCCGAGGACUGACUCCAAACUGUUGCAUAAAUAAUACCCCCAACUCCCCCCCCCCAACUUUGGCAAACAGUGCCGAGAGAGGCUGGUCGCCCAGGAGCAACUCAGAAGUGACCUGUGCUCCUCUACCCUUUGCUGUGCAACAGACCAAGAUAGUUCGGUGUGUAUGUGAACGUGUGACCCACGAGUCUCUACUUUUCCCUCGCCAUUGCUCCAUCCCUUGUGUGUGGCAUUCAUUUCUCCCUUUCACUUUCCCUACUGCGUGCUCGCUUUCU